CCAACCAAGAAACAAACAUUUAUUGCAAAAUGGAGAGAUUUUUUACAAGUUUUGAGCAACUUCCAGAAGAUAUAAUCAUGGAGAUAUUAUCAAUUUUGCCUGUGAAAUCUAUACUGAAACUCAAAUCUGUGUGCAAAUACUGGUACACACUUAUUCAAUCUCCAAAUUUUAUUAUCAAACAUUUUUUCCACAAAAAAAAUUAUGAAAUUCCCUUUGUUCAUCUCUAUUUUUUUGACACUAAUCAAUUAUCUAUUUCAAUUGAUGAAUACCCUUUGCUUCAAGAUUUAUACUUGCACAAAUCCACUUCUUUAAAGCCAUUAAUUGGCCCUUUGAAUGGACUUUUUUUUGUGCAUAAUCUUGAUAAGAAUGAAAUGUCUAUGUGGAAUCCUGCAACUGAGGAAAUCAAGAAAAUAUCAGUACCAAGUCCACCUUUUUCUACUUGUUUUAGGGGUAUCUGUUGUUCGGACUCUUCAAAAAUGUUGCAGCACUCGUGUCAGAUCCUCCAGAAAUGCACUGUUUCUAGAUGUUCUGACACAUUUUUAAAGAGUUCGAGCGACAUAGAUUUGAGGUUAUGUUGUUCGGAUUCUUCAAAAGUGUUGUUGCACCCGUGUUGGUUCCUCCAGAAAUGCUCUGCUUCUGGAGGUUCCGAAAUGCACCCGUCGGUGUUAUGUUGCUCGGACUCUCCAGAAAUGUUGUUGCAUUCGUGUCAGAUCCUCCAGAAAUGUGCUGCUUCUGGAGAAUCCGACAUGCACCCGUCGGCAUUUUUUAAGAGUCCGAACAACAAUGAUUGCAAGCUAUGUCGCUUGGACUCUCCAAAAAUGUUGUCGCACCCGUGUCAGAUCCUCCAAAAAUGUGCUGCUUCUGGAGAUACCAGCACACAUCCAUCGACAUUUUUGAAGAGUUCGAGUGACAAUGAUUAUAGGGUAUCUUGCUCGAACUCCACAGAAAUGUUGCCGUAUUCGUGUCGGAUUCUCCAGAAAUGUACUGCUUCUGAAGGUUCUGACACACACCCUUCGAUAUUUUCGAAGAGUCUGAGGUCUUAUGCUCAUCAUUUUGGAUUUGGAAUGGACCCGUUUAGUAAAGAUUACAAAGUUGUAUGGAUAAGAGAUUAUUUUUGGAAGGAAGAAACAUUUACAAGAAGUGCAUCAGCUGUUGUUUCAGUUUAUACACUAAGUACUGAUUCUUGGAGGCAUUUUGAAGACAAUACAUUUUUGAGUAGUCAUAUAAUCAUGUCAUAUUUUGAUUCAUAUCUUGACGGAUUUUAUUACUGGAAGAAAAUCGACGAAAAACGACGUUGCGAAAUUCUUGCAUUUGAUUUUAGAAAUGAAGAAUUUCAAGUGAUACAAACUCCAGAUGUGUUCAAUUCAAAUUUAGGAACACUUGGUUUGUAUGAUGGUUAUGUUUCUAUGUUGUUUCAUUAUCUUGUUGAAAGUAAGACAUGUACUGAGAUUUGGGUGAUGGAAAAGUUUGGAUUUUGGACUAAAAAAUUGGUUCUUGAAUCCACUUUGAUUGUUAAAAGACCAAUUGGAUAUGGUGUCAAUGGGGAAAUUUUUGUUGAAACUAAAAGUUCAAAUCUUGAAAUGAUUGAUCCAAGAACACAAGAGAUUGUUGAGUGUGUGGGACCAAUAUUGGGAAAUGGUUACUCUUUGCAAGUUCUUGUUUACAAGAAGAGCUUAGUUUCCAUCAACAAAUUGACUACUUGUAACUUAAUCAAAGGUCUCGAGUUCGAGCAAUUGGGAAUCUGAGUUAGUCAGAACAGUAAAGUGAGUAGCCGACACUGCGUGAGAAUCAAGAAUGAGAAAAACUUGCCAUGAUUGAUCCAAUAACACAAGUAAUUGUAGAUAUGGACCAUGGGAAAAUGGUUACUCUUUGCAAGUACUCUUGUUUACAAGAAGAGCUUAGUUUCCAUCAAGAAAUUGGUUAAACUUAAUCAGAAGUCUCAAGUUUGAGUCAUGAGAAUGGAAAGAAUCCCGCAGGUUGUGAGUGCUUUCUCUUUUAGUGAAUGUUACACGAUGUGAAUUUGAAUGAGUCAGAAUAGUAAAGUGAGUACCGAAAACCGGGUGAUCACCCCAAAAAAACUUGCAAUGAUUGAUCAAAGAACACAAGAAACUAUUGACUGUCUUGGACCAUGGGAAAAUGGCUACUCUUUGCAAUUAGUUUUUGUUUACAAGAAGAGUUUAGUUUAGUUUACAUCAAGAAAUUGAGUUGUAGUAACUUGAAAACAUGUUAUGCACUUUUUCUUUAGCUAUCCUAAUAAUUUAUUUAUUA